CGUGGUGCAUGCCGGCCUAGCGUACGUAACGUAUCGUCAUGUGAGGCGUUUUGCUUGCGCGUCAAUACUCCCAGCGUCUACUUGUACAUGUCUAUGGCGGGGCGGAUCUGCUAGCUGGCUGUGCUUCUGUGUAUUCAUCCUGUUUCACACCCGUGUUUUUGAUAUGGCGGACGGUGAGCGAUCACCGUUAUUGUCGGAUCUCGGUGACGGAGGUAAUGGCGGUGUGUUACCUGGAAUUACGCCGUAUGGCCUGCCAACCAAACCGCAAAGUUUCCCGCCCUUUCCGAGCCCCUCCCAGCCCUCUGUGCUGCCAGGUGAAGACCCCCCCCCAUACUCCCCCCUCACCUCUCCGGAGAGCGGGAGUGCGCCGGUCAUCAGCUGCAGAGUGUGCCAGAGCCUCAUCAGCGUGGAGGGCAAGAUCCACCAGCAUGUGGUCAAGUGUGGGGUGUGCAACGAAGCCACUCCGAUUAAAAAUGCUCCUCCAGGGAAGAAGUAUGUGCGCUGUCCCUGUAACUGCCUGCUCAUCUGCAAGAUCACCUCCCAACGCAUUGCCUGCCCCCGCCCAUACUGUAAGAGGAUAAUAAAUCUGGGUCCAGUCCACCCGGGCCCGGCCAGCCCCGACCCGCAGCCCGCUGGAGCGCGGGUCACCUGUGGGCACUGCAGUAACACCUUUCUGUGGACAGAGUUCACAGACCGAACACUGGCCCGAUGCCCUCACUGCCGGAAAGUCUCUUCCAUAGGUCGAAGAUACCCGAGGAGGCGGAGCUUAUGGUGCUUCCUGCUGUGUUUUCUCUUCAGCAUUGCCACAGCCGGCCUGGUGGCUGGAACAUGGAAACAGGCUCAGCGUUACGGAGGAAUCUACGCUUCCUGGGCCUUCCUCCUCCUGCUGGUCCUGCUCAGUCUGGCCAGAGCUCUGUACUGGGUCUGCAUGAGAAUCAGCCAGCCCAUACACAGCCUGACAUAGAGAGAGAGGGGAGAGAGGAGGGGGG